UUCGAGUGAAGUGUGUGUAUAUGUGUGUAGCGCGUACAACCUGAUCGCCAAUCAUUGGCCGGCUGCGUUACGCAUGCGCACUUCGGACUUCCAAGGGCUCUGAGGCAGAAGCAGGCACAUUUGCACGCCAUGGCUAGCUGGCCGGGGCUGGCGACCGACUGCGAGGCGCUCCUGAAGCACUUCCAGGAGGCCGAGAGCGUCCGCUUCGAAGACUUUGCCACUUUAUGGAGGCAGCACCGCUUCCACACCAUUUUUUAUGGUAAAAUAAGGACCCCAGAGCAGAUUGAAUUUACAAAAGAGGCUUUAGCUUUGGUAUGGACGUUCUUCUUGCCUCCUUACACUUUCCAGAUCCGGGUUGGUGCCCUCUAUAUUCUGUAUGGAUUGUACAAUACACAGUUGUGUCAGCCUAAGCAGAAGAUCAGGAUUGCCCUCAAAGAUUGGUCAGAGGUCAUGAAAUUCCAGCAGGAGCUGUUAGAGGCACAGCAUUAUGAUGCAGCUUAUAUACUCGGGAAGCUUCGUAAAAACAAAGCAUUCUAUUUCACGGCAAUGCCAACAUUUCUUUCAUUUAGGACAAAAAAGUAUGUGCGUGAGAAAGUUGAGCUGAUAACUGAAUUCAGUGAUCCAACUGACAGAGUUGCCAUGCUGAACCCAGAAGAAUUCUUAGAGGAAAUGACGAACAUUCAUGACCACUAUCAAAAAAUGAAGUGUCUGAUCUCCCGAGACCAAUCCCAACCAGACAAGGCUAUUGAUUUGAUCAAAGAUGAAUUCCCAAACAAUUUCAAGAGUAUCAUUUUAGAAUAUCGACAGUGGCAGAAGAAUAAGCUGGUGUCAUCCUCGGUUACUAUGGGUAAAGAAGAGACAGCAGGAAAAGAAGCUUCUUCGAAAGUGUUAGAAGGAUCUGAAAGAGCCAGAGCAUUAACUGACAUUAAAUUGAGAUCAUACUCUGCAGUUGCUUCAGCUUCCAAGUCAAGACGUCACCGUCAAGUUAUAUUAGAAUCUUCUGUACCGCGAUCAGAUCAAGGGAAAACAAGAUCACCUAGAACUAAAAGAGCCAGACAAAGAGUACAACCAAUGCGGAUGGUAGAAACCCUUCUACAAAGGAGAGCCAUGUUGCAACCUACAAGGGAGCAAAGUGUCAAGAGUCUGAGCAUGCCUACGAUAGCAGAGGAUGAUGCAGAAAGAGAAGAGGAAGAAGAAAUAGCUGCCCAUUCCAGUAAUGAGGGGGAGCAAAACGUCAGGAGUCCGAGCAUGUCUGUGAUAACAGAGGAUGAUGCAGAAGGAGAAGAGGAAGAAGAAAAAACUGACAAUUCCAGUAGUGAAUUGGAACAAAGUACCGAGAGCAUGUCUGAGGAUGAGACAGAAGAAGAAAAGAAAGAAGAAAUAAUGGACAGUUCCAGUAGUGAGGGCUUUGUACCCACUAAGAAGAAGAGGACUUAAGAAAUCAUCCAGAGAAAACAUGUGUGAAUUGGAAGAGAGUAAUCAAAAUGCCUCUUCAGCCAAUGGGCAGGACAAGCAGAAUAGCUUAGGACCAUACUGUGAAAUGCCUGUGUCUGCCUUUGUUUUAGGAAAUCACAAAAGCAUCUCAAAGUAGAGAUCAUAUUUGAGGAACUGAGUAUUGAUGCAGUCUAGAUUUGUGUGUUGCAGAGCGGAUUUCUUCAUCCUUCUGUGCCUUCAGUAAAUGCAUAUAGAGGCUUUAGUAUUUUCUAAAUGUAAAAAUGUAAUAAUUUAUUAUUUGGUUGAAAACUCUUUACUUUAAUUGUGUUAAUUAAAGGGAAGAGUGUGUUUUAGCCUUCCUGCUGCUUAUUAAAUUAUUGUUUUGCAAUUUUGUAUGCACCCAAAAUAUUUUUACUACUUCACCUUUUGAAACCUGAUGCCAGUAUCAUUGUUUCCAGUUUUUGUUUUCUUUCUUGGUUAAUAUAAUCUGAAUAAAAAAGGGGAGGUUCCAAAUGAA